AUGAAUUGCGAGAAAUCCACUUUGUUUUGUGAUGAUGAAAGAGACCACUCAAGCACAGAUCCAACAAUGCUGGAGGCGGAAAAGGUGAAUCCAGGAUCACAGGAGGGUCAACCACGGUGGAUCCAUGCCCACCUGUCCUUCAGUGAGCUUAAAGCCAAGACCACUACUACUCCGAUCUUACGGCACUUUGAUCCAGAUUGCAGAGCCACGGUCGUGGUGUACGCUAGCGAUUGGGCGAUUUCGGGAUCAUUGAUGCAAGCAUAUGACCAGAUUUACUACCCAGUGAUGUUUGCAAGCCGUACUCUGUUGUCGAAUGAGUUGAAUUACAGGAUUGCAGAGUAG